GCUGUGAAUUUCAGUCUUGAAGUUUUCAUUUUCAUCACCAAUCGGCUGGCCAUUUCGUAUUAUUUUCCGCCUACAAACUACAAUAAAGUGCUCAAGUACAACCGUGCGUUCAUAUAUCUGUGAUUGCAGGGCUUCUGUUGUCGGCAACAACGCUCUUUCCAAAGAGAUGAUCUCCUGUUCACCGGCCAUGAAGCUGUACGUCGGCCUUCUGGUAGUUGCUUUCUUUAUGGGCUCGCUCUCCUCUGCCAUCCCAAGAGACGGAGCAAAAAGAGUCCUUGAUAAGCCAUUGAGUGAUGAAGAACACUUUGAGAAUGGUGAACACAAUCCAGAGUUUGACCAUGAGGCAUUUCUCGGGGAAGAUGAAGCAAAGGAAUUUGAUGAGCUGUCGCCAGAGGAGAGUGUCGACAGACUAGGAAUAAUUAUAACUAAAAUUGACAAGGAUGGGGAUGGUAAGGUGACAGAAGAGGAGCUGAAAAAUUGGAUCCAGUAUGUCCAGAAACGCUACGUGUUGAAAGAUACAGAGAAACAAUGGGAAGAACAGAAGGCAGAUGGCACCACACUAAAGUGGGAAUCAUACAAAGAUACUACAUAUGGACCAGUGACAGAAGAAGAUUUAAAAGAUCAAACAUACAACUACAAAGAUAUGAUUGAGAGAGAUGAGCGACGAUGGAAGCGUGCUGACAAGGACAAUGAUGGUCUCCUAUCUAAAGAAGAAUUUGCCGAUUUCUUACAUCCUGAGGAAGUCCAACACAUGAGAGAUAUUGUAGUGCAGGAAACUCUAGAAGACAUUGAUAAGGACAAAGACGGCCAUAUUAGCUUAGAGGAAUAUAUUGGUGAUAUGUGGCCCAACAAAGGUGAAGAGGAGGAGCCCGAUUGGGUGAAGAAGGAGAGGCAGCAGUUUGCCGACUUCAGGGAUAAAAAUAAGGAUGGGAAAUUGGACAAUGAUGAGGUGGCAGAUUGGAUCAUUCCACCGGAUUAUGAUCAAGCUGAUGCAGAGGCAAAACAUUUGAUAUAUGAAUCUGAUGAAAAUAAGGAUGGCGUUUUAACAAAAGAGGAGAUACUGAAUAAGCACGAUCUCUUUGUGGGAAGUCAAGCGACUGAUUUUGGCGAGGCUCUCACAAAACACGAUGAAUUCUAAGGAUGUCGAUACUUAGGUCCAUUGUAUUCCAUCCCAUACUACUAGACUGGUGCAUACAUGUCUCAAUGAAUCUGUCUGAGUUGGGGUUAGGCAAUACGAAUUUAAUUGUUUGUACAGGCUGGUACAGUAGAAUCUCUUUUUCACUAUUUGGUGAUGUCAUCGUACAUGUCAAAAGAAGCUUCUACUAGGCCGUGAAACCUCUCAGUUUGUAAUUGUUUGGUGAUAAUUUUGGUAAAUUUUUUUCAAAUUAAAAACUAUUAGGUCUGAAAAGGUGUUUAGAAAAUUGAAAAACAAGCAAUUUAAUUGGUGUAGCCUGUACAGCCGAUAGUUUCCUCAGUCUCAGCCUUGUCUUUAUUUCUGUAGCGGAGGGUUUAUUUUUGCAAAGCAUACAACCUGCCAGUCGGAGACAUUUGUAUACAGGUCGUCCCAGAAAUAACCCUUUAUAAUCUUCUGUUCAGGCUGUAGAUUGUUACAGAAAUGGACAAGACCAAAAGCUAUAGAGGGGGAAGAUGGUACCUUCUAUAUCAUUUCAUGGGUAGCCUGGAGAAACCUUCAAUGUCAGUUUGAUGGAAUCGACAAGGUCAACAAAUUCUAUGGUGCUUAACUAUUCCAUCUUUGUUUAUUCUUAUGGAAGGAGUCUUGAAAUUUUCCUAGAUGGUAAAGACUCUACGCACAUGGCGAAUGUAGUUGAUUGUUCUGUUUUGUGUUGAUCUAGGUUUGAUAUGAAACAAAAACAGUAGACGUUGGAAAUGAAUUGUCCUAAAUUCCUUCAAUCUUGGAGAAUUUCAUGGCCUUCUCUAACUUUUUAAUGCAGAUAUGAAAGUGUGUGAGAUGCGAGUCCGUGGACUUCAUGCAUGUGUAUUUCUGUACUGAAGCAGUUAUUAUAACAUUGAGUUGCACUUAAAAAGCACUUUAUGUUUCAAUUUUAUAAAGAUAUUCAAAAUUUCAUUUUUUACUUUAUUUUGAUUUAUCAAAGUUUGCAUGUUUUUCAUAAAACUCAUCAAGGUCUGUAUAAGUAAUAAUCUGAAAAAUCCUUGUUUAUUAAAAACUGUGUUACUGCAAUUGUCCUGAGAAACAAGUUGUAUCUAAGACAACAUAUGGUUAUUUCAGACAACUAUUUGAUCAUGAAGAUUGACCUUUAGAGACUUGUUUUCAAUUCGUUGAAACAUUUUGUAAGUUUUCGAGAAGCUACAACUCAUUCGCAAGAUUUUAUACAAAAUGAGUUGUUGGUAAGUUUUAAGUAAGAAAGAUAAUGUAUAUAUGCGCUUGGAGGCUAUACAAAUGUCAGUUCUAUCUAUAUUUAUUCAAAAUACUCAUGUCGAAUCAUUUCGCCGUCAAAAAGAUCGCCUGAAAAUCUCUCUGAAACUAGUCUUCCUUUCCGUUCUUCAUUGAAACAAUUCACUUGCUUCAAAUUGAGAAUUUUCAUUAUGAUAUGUCAAUUGUUCCGUGAAUGACACAAUUGCAAAAGUAUUUAAAACAUCUCAGUUUUCUUCCCUGAUCUCUUUCAGUAUUCUUCUGUAUUCUAAGGCAAUUCAAUUUCGUGUUCAGAACUUUUGGAAUAGUCACCAUCUUUUACUUCAUUGGCACUGGCAUUAAAUGCUUGAAUUUAAUAGUAAAAUACCCACAGAGAUUAUGACUUAAUUUGAAACAGAAUUCAUGACAUGUUCAUAUAUAUGAUUUACCUGGUUUGGCCAUUAAAUUAGUUGACUUCACAUUUUAAUUUCUACUUAAAAUUACUAUAAUAUCAAUACUCUGCCAAAGAUCAAAUUUUAGUUACGUUUGUAAGUGAUUCUUCUUUCGUUCCCAAUUUUAGUACAUUUUGAAAUCGAUUAACUCUUUGGUGCAUUGUUGUUUUUUUGCAUUUACACAUGUAAAUUUUGUGUUGAUCGUUUUUGAUGUCAAAGGAAGAGUAUGAUCAGGAUUUCUUCAAAACGAGUGGUGAUUUUGUAUACACACUGUAUAGUUAGAUGAUUGGAUUAAACAUAAUCAUGAUUAUAUGAUAAUUAGUUAACAAUAAUAAAUAUGAUCCACAUGUAUCCCACACCUGAGCUAAAAAUGGCCUACCAUCUCACUGCAAUCACUUCUCAGGUAAGCCAGGUUGCUUGAACAAUACCGUAAUCAAAAAUGUUAGAGAGAUUAAAGAGUCAUCAGAUAUAAGAAAUGGAACCUGGUUUUUACGUUAUGUAAAAUGUAUUGUAAAGUUGAUGAUGAUUUAAUCUCAGUCUUGGGAUACUUCUGUCUAUAUUCUAAAUUGUCACUUGAUAUUGUGUGACUGUUGUCUCCAGAAAUGUCUCUCCCACCUCCAAAUACUCACUUGUGAUAACUUUUGACAUUGAUUUGUGUUUAGCGAGUUCUGUUGCCAUUUUCACUCGGAGGCAAAAGCAGAAUGUCAUGGUAACUAACACACUCCUCCCCGUUGAUAGAGUUGAUACCGUUAAAUAAAUAAGCAAGAUCUUGGGCCACCUGUGAUUAAAAUGGCUGCAGAACUCUCGACUCUUCAUUGAAAUAACUUCCAAUCACUUUCACAAACAAAAGAUGUGAUGUUAUUCCACUUCAGUACCAGUAUCAAACUUUUUAAGACAAUAUUAUUCUAUAGUGUACAGCUUCAUGACAAUAAAAGCGUUUUCCAUA